CUCUGGUGAACAUGACACCAAAUCUAAGAGUCCAAUCAAGCAGGAGAGACCAGCCUCCCCUGUACCCAGCUGUGUGUCCAUGAAGAGUGACCGGUCUAUGGGUAUACCUAUAAACUUUAGAAAGGGAGACUUUUCUACUGAACAAAGAGACCAACAGGAGAGAUCAGAGUCAGAGAUUCUCAGUGGUCAGUCUUCCCAGAGUCAUCAAACAGACCUGGCCUCCAUAUUCAGUUUGCUUGAAGAGAAUUUUAUGACAUUUGUGAACAACGAGCUGAAGAGGUUCAAGAGGAUUCUUAGUCCAGAACUCCCACAAGGCUUUGAGAGUCAGAAGCAGGAUAAGGAAGUGGAUGCUGAAGAUGAGAAGCAUGAGAGCAGUGCCAGAGAGGGGGCUCUGAAGAUCACACUGCACAUCCUGAGGAAAAUGAACCAGAAGGAGCUUGCUGACACACUGGAGAAAAAUGAGCUUGCUGUGAUUUGCCAACGUGAACUCAAAUCUAAUCUAAAGAAGAAGUUUCAAUGUGUAUUUGAGGGGAUCGCUAAACAAGGAAACCCAACACUUCUCAAUAAGAUCUACACAGAGCUCUACAUCACAGAGGGUGGAACAGGAGAGGUCAAUAAUGAACAUGAGCUGAGACAGAUUGAGACAACAACCAGGAAACAAGCAAGACCAGAGACUGCAAUCAAAUGUAACGACAUCUUCAAACCCUUAACUGGACAAGAAAAACCUAUCAGAACUGUGCUGACAAAGGGAGUCGCUGGCAUUGGAAAAACAGUCUCUGUGCAGAAGUUCAUUCUGGACUGGGCUGAAGGAAAAGCAAAUCAGGAUGUCCAAUUUGUAUUUUCAUUCCCUUUUCGGGAGCUGAAUAAGAUGAAAGGGGAAAAACACUCUUUGAUUGGACUUCUCAAUCACUUCUCAAUGGAAACCAAAGAAUCAAGAAUCUCCAACUACGACAAGUACAAAGUUCUGUUCAUCUUUGAUGGUCUGGAUGAGUGCCGACUGCCCCUAGACUUCCAGAAGAACAAGAUCUGUUGUGACGUCACCAAGUCAACCUCAGUGGAUGUUCUGCUGACAAAUCUCAUCAAGGGAAAUCUGCUUCCCUCUGCUCUCCUCUGGAUAACUACCCGACCUGCAGCAGCCAAUAAGAUCCCUUCAGAGUGUGUUGACCAGGUGACAGAGGUACGAGGGUUCAAUGACCCACAGAAGGAGGAGUACUUCAGGAAGAGAUUCAGUGAUGAGGACCUGGCCAGCAGAAUCAUCUCACACAUAAAGACAUCAAGGAGCCUCCACAUCAUGUGCCACAUUCCAGUCUUUUGUUGGAUUUCUGCAACAGUCCUUGAAGACAUGCUGAAACAUAAGAGAGAAGAGGUGCCCAAGACUCUGACUGAGAUGUACACACACCUUGUGGUGUUUCACACCAAUCAGAAGAAUGAAAAGUAUCUUGGGAAAGAAGAGACAGGUCCCGACUGGAAUAAAGAGAGCAUUCUGUCACUGGGAAAACUGGCUUUUCAACAGCUUCUGAAUCACAAUCUGAUUUUCUAUGAAGAAGACCUGAAAGAGGCUGGAAUUGAUGUCAAUGAAGCCUCAUUGUACUCAGGAUUGUGCACACAGCUCUCUAAAGAGGAAUGUGGGCUGUACCAGGAAAAGGUGUACUGCUUCGUGCAUCUGAGCAUUCAGGAGUUUCUGGCUGCUGUAUAUGUGUUCCUUUCAUUCAGCAACAACAAUGAGAAUCUAAUGGCCGAACCUCAAUCAACGUCCAGGAACAUUUCUGCGCUGGUUAGAGACAAGCCUGAAGUUACUUUCUACAAGAGUGCUGUGGAUGAAGCCUUACAAAGUGAGACAGGAAAUCUGGACCUUUUCCUCCGCUUCCUUCUGGGCCUCUCACUGGAGUCCAAUCAGAAGCACUUACGAGGUCUACUGACAAAGACAAGAAGCAGCUCACAGAGCCAUGAAGAAACAGUCAAGUACAUCAAAGAGAAGAUCAGGGAGAAUCCCUCUCCAGAGAGGUGCAUCAAUCUGUUCCACUGUCUGAAUGAACUGAAUGACCAUUCUCUAGUGGAGGAGAUCCAAAGCUACCUGAGAUCAGGAAGUGUCUCCAGUGAUGAUCUCUUACCUGCACAGUGGUCAGCGCUGGUCUUUGUGUUGCUGACUUCAGAAAAGGAGUUGGAUGUGUUUGACCUGAAGAAAUACUCCAGAUCAGAGGAAGGUCUUCUGAGGCUGCUGCCAGUGGUCAAAGCCUCCAGAGCUGCUCUACUGUCAGGCUGUGGAGUCACAGAGGAAGGCUGUGCUUCUCUGGUCUCAGCUCUGACAUCAAACCCCUCACACCUGAGAGAGCUGGAUCUGAGUAACAAUGACCUGAAGGAUUCAGGAGUGAAGCUGCUCUCUGCUGGACUGGGGAAUCCCCACUGUAAACUGGACACUCUGAGGCUGUCCCGAUGUCAAGUCACAGAGGAAGGUUGUGCUUCUCUGGUCUCAGCUCUGAGGUCAAACCCCUCACACCUGAGAGAGCUGGACCUGAGCUACAAUCACCCAGGAGACUCAGGAGUCAGACUGCUCUCUGCUGGACUGGAGGAUCCACACUGCAGACUCGAGAAACUCAAUGUGGAACAUGGUGGAGAGUACACAAUGAAACCUGGGCUUAGAAAAUAUGCCUGUGAUCUCACACUGAACCCAAACACAGCACACAGACUCCUCUCUCUGUCUGAGGAGAACAGAAAGGUGACACGGAGGAGACAGAAGCAGCCGUAUCCUGAUCACCCAGAGAGAUUUGAGGACCGUGGACAGGUGCUCUGUAGAGAGCGUCUGACUGGGCGCUGUUACUGGGAGGUAGAGUGGAGUGGGAGUGGGGCUGUUAUAGGAGUGACAUAUAAAGGAAUCAGCAGGAGAGGAGGUAAUGACUGUGGGCUUGGAUGGAAUGACAAGUCCUGGAGUCUACGCUGCUCUGACAACAGUUUAUAUGCCUGGCACAAUAAUGCUCACAUUACCUUAGACGUGCCCCCCUCCAGCUCCCACCAUGUAGGAGUGUAUCUGGACUGGCCAGCCGGCACUCUGUCCUUCUACAGUGUCUCCUCUGACACACUGACCCACCUGCACACAUUCAACACCACAUUCACUGAGCCCCUCUAUCCAGGGUUUAGGGUUUAUGACACCUCUUCAGUGUCCCUGUGUCAUGUGGUCCCUGUGUCAAACACAACAUGAUGUUUCACUCUAAUGGUCAUGUUCAGUAAGACACACUGGAGCAACAAUGUAGAAUAACUCUCUAGUGUGUAAACAUAUGAUUGUAAAUAUUCAUGAAUAAACACCAUUGAAGUUGACAGACAUUGUCAACUAGAGUCAUCCAUUAAUACAAUGAAUCACCACACUGUGUUGUAAAAACUGUUUUCAUUUAGAAAUCAUUGAUUUUGUUGUUAUUGGGCUUCUUGGUGUUUGUACAUAUUGUUGUCUGCAGCAUGUUUAUUUGUCAAAUUCUUGACACAACAAUCUUGUUUGUGUUUAAACUCAAAUCAACUGAAUGAAAUGUACAUGUGACAGAUGUGACUAAUAAAUUUAAUCAACCAGAUGAAAGAAGAGAGGUGGAAAUGUUUUAAUAUUGAUCACAAUAUGACAGUACAGUAAUAGAUGGAAGAAGAGAGGUGUAAAUGUUUUAAUAGUGAUCAGAAUAUGACAGAUGGAAUAAUAGAUGGAAGAAGAGAGGUGGAAAUGUUUUAAUAUUGAUCAGAAUAUGACAGUACAGUAAUAGAUGGAAGAAGAGAGGUGUAAAUGUUUUAAUAUUGAUCACAAUAUGACAGUACAGUAAUAGAUGGAAGAAGAGAGGUGUAAAUGUUUUAAUAGUGAUCAGAAUAUGACAGAUGGAAUAAUAGAUGGAAGAAGAGAGGUGGAAAUGUUUUAAUACUGAUCACAAUAUGACAGUACAGUAAUAGAUGGAAGAAGAGAGGUGUAAAUGUUUUAAUACUGAUCACAAUAUGACAGUACAGUAAAUGGAGUACAGUAAUAGGGGUUGUGUUCAGUACAUAGAAAUGGGUCUUAUUCAGGUGAAAAUAAAUAUUUUAUGAUCACACACACUAAUCAUUCUGUUGUUACUACUGUAUGAU